AUGGGUACUAGUCUUACGUACUGGGGUAGCCACCCAUCCAGGUGGAGCCCCUCCCCCGAUCCACCGCAAGGGAGUGAUGUUGGUUACAAGAACUAUGCUAGAUUCGCGCGGAUGAAGGCAGAAAGGAAGGAAGAAGCCAGGAGAGUCCAGGAGCAGGAGGAGGUUGUUUCCGGCGGCCAUAUCCAGAAGUCAGGGGACGGGAAGGUGGGAGCGCUCUUUGCCUAUUGUCCAGAUGUCGAUGACUUUGGCCAAAUUAUACAUGAAAUACGACGGGGCGCUGGGCCUGUUGCCUGUUCCUGUCGUGACGGACAAACCAAAUCGAAGGAAGCAUUCCCAACGAUCUCGCAUGAUGUGGAGACCUGGAUCGCGUAUGUGCCUGGCGAAGCCCAUGUGCAGGGCUUGAGAAUAAAGAGAAUAAACGGAACGACUCCCGACUUUCCUCCGGUGCUUCAAGUCAGCCUACCCCCGCAAAACCACAGUAUCAUCUUUCGUCAGUACCCCCACGCGAAGCUGGAUGAGCUAAAAUGGGUGGAAUGUCCCUGA